UUUAGUUGCCACGUCACUAAGUUAACAGUCAACUUUGAUAGUUGACUGCCACAUCAAUCAAAAUUAACGGUGUCGGACGGAGAGUGACCAAACGUGAACGGUUUCAGUAAACUGAAGUACCAUCAAUAAAUUUAAAUAUUUCGAGUGACCAAACUUGAACGGUUUUUGUAAUCUCAGUGACCAAUCAGGCAAUUAACCCGAUUAAAUAGAUCGAAAGUGCAGUGUAUCAAGUCAGAUGUCAAAAUAGUCAUCUUAGUAGUAGGCGUACUAUCACGAUUCCCAUAUUUAUAUGAGCUCAUUUGAAAGAAGAAUAUCGGGCGUGGUGUCCAACUGAGAGCCAACCAUGUUAGAAUGAGCUUUAGCUCGAGGAUAAGGUUGCUCAGAAGCGAGCUGUUAUCCUGAAGAAAUCUUCAGCUUAAUCUCCAGGUUACCGAUAGAGCGAGAGACAAUGUCUGAGGUUGCUGGUUUUGUUUCGAAAUUCGGAACCAUUACAAGCGGGGACCUGCGCCAAACCAUCACCACAACAAGAACAAGACCAAUCAGAAGCAGUAGGCAUUCCGUCAAACGACCGCCGCCGUCCGCUCCCAGAAUCAUAGCCGCCGGUUCCAGAAGUCACGACGCCGGCCACACCCAGCCGCAGCAACAGCUUGGCAGCAGCAGAAGGAGCGGCAAAGCUCCACGGCGGUUGAUCACGAUAUCGACGGGGAACGGGAGGUGGAAUGGGGAAUGGAGCUGUGACUACUUGUUCACUUUUAGGGACCUCGGCCUCCAAGAUUUGGUCCAGGACGCUGUUGAGCAGAAAGAUGCCACCGUCUCUGUUAAGCUAUGUGUUGAGAAGCACGCGAGCUUUGGAUUCUCAGUGGACGGAACCAUCGUCACAUCCUUCACCAAGAAAUGCAUCAGUUGCAAUUCCCCUUACUCCACACAGAUUGAUACAAAUGUGAACGUGUGGGUUCUGCCGUCGAAUAGACAGAAGCACGACAGAGGUCCAAUGGAUGAAUUUCCACUCAUUGGAGGGGACGACCCUUCUGUUAUCUACGUGAAGCCAGGUCACGAAGCCGAUCUUGACUCAUUGGUAAGGGAUGCAGUCCGUUUAGCCAUUUCUGUUAAGGAUACGUCGGAUACAUGUUCGGAUCGUUGUGAGAAAACACAGCCCAAAUUACACUAUAUUGGGAAGCAGAACCCGGUUGGUGUUGACAAGAGAUGGGCGAGGCUUUUGCAGCUCAAGAGUCAACCAAGUAUGUGAUAUACAGAUGAGGCGAGGAUUUUUGGAAGUGGCUGCUACUGCUAUGCCUCCUUAGGGGUUCUCCUUCCUAAGCACAUAGAACUUUGAAGAGAUCACCACUGAAACUCAAGGUGUGUUACAGAUUGUUGUCAUGUUGUAGAAAUAAGGGGAUGGUCGUUGUAUAGGUCUGAAACCCCUGUUGUAUUCUAAAAUUCUCUAUACAGACUUCUAUGACGACUAUGCAUACCAAGGUCAUCUUACUAUCUCCCAACAUUACUUAUACAUCAAUCUCCUACAUUUCACAGCUCAUAGUUAUACAAGUUACUAUCGACAUUAUUGUAGAUGAAUUUCUAAAAUUGUACCAAGUAAGUUUUAGAAAUAUUUUGUUAGUAAAAGGAAAUCGUAAAUGAUUCCACAUGCUUUAUUCAAGAUCAUGUAGGAUGUUUGCUAUGAACCUGUGUAUUUGCUUCAUUAUCGCGGCGAAGUUUAGAGAAGCAGUGGAAAUGCUUUCAGUUGGCUUGAGAUGCUGCACAUAGAAGAACUCGAGUACAACUUGAUUAUCAAUGUGCAGUUCAACUGCGUCAGACUUCAGAGCACUAAUAGAAGCGAUCACCAACAUUCAACAGGUAUUCAACACUUCCACGAGUUAAUAGAUGAGGUAUUACCUCUGGAAGCUAUUGUAGCCCACAUCAACAUCAACAUCAUCAUCAACACAAAUAUAUAUACAGGAGUGUAUAUGAGCAAUUUGCCACAUCAGCUGCAGAGAAGCAGCCGCUAAUUUGCGGAGGGAUAUUUUUGACAAUAGACACUUUUAUUAUGGUGAAAUUAAUCAGUUGUAACCGAGCCUCACUCUGCCAACUUUGGGCCCGUUAGUUAGGCCUGCUAAAGGAUAAAGGAGAAGCCAAGAUUAAAUGCUACUUGCUCGUAGCAGCCCGAUUUGAUUCUAAAGGAGGGGUGCAAAUUCAAUGGUCGGAGCUCAAUCCUCUCAUUUGGGUCAUCAUCAUCGGACAACACCCUCCGGGGCGGAGGGAGAGAGUUAAAUUAGGUUUAAAUAAGAAUAGUUCACCUUUCAAACACCAAAUAUAGAGAAAUUUUAGCGAAUGGACAUUCAAAUAGUUGAAAAGUUAUACAUUGAAGGAACAUGUUAAGAUGAGAACCUUCGAUAGUGUAUAUGAAUCCUUGGAUUCAGAUUCUAAACGAACAUUUAGACAAAAAACAUGGGUUGAGAGUUAGUACAAACUUAAAAUAUUAGCAAUUGUAAUAAGUUGCUAUACAAAGACUUCAUGAACAUCAACAAUAAAAAUGAGCGACGUUUAAAAAUUUAAUCAUUUUAAGGGAUACGAUGUGUGUCAAAUUUCAAUUGGGAUAAACAUAAUUUAUCCAGUAAUCAAAUAUCUUUUUCCAAUAAUUUGAACUCUGAUUAAUUGGGUGAGAGUUCGUACAAACUCGAGAAUCAUGAAUUGAUAUAUGUUGUAUAAGAUAAUAGAUUUGAGCGUCUUAGUGGAAAAUUUUUUAAAUACGAUCCUAAAUGGGACAUGAUAAACCUUUACAACAUGAUUUAUGAUUAAAGAAUAAAAACAUCACAAGCGAGUGUGCUAACUAUUAAAUAUUAUUCGAUAUAGACAUACUACAUAUUCACUUAUGAAGCGAGAGCAGAAAAUGUAUACAAGAUCCAAAAAGUUCAAAACAUGUAAAUAAGUUAACUAAUAUAAAUAAUAAAAUGAACUUCUUCGCCAACUGAUCGGGUAAAAAACUAAUAAAUAUUAUUUUCGUGU